AUGUUUAAUACCAACACAUCAAACACAUCAAGCAAUGUUUAUGGUUUAUCACAAAAAACUAGAGCAUUAGCACAUGUUGCUGGUGAAACAGAUAUAAAUAGAUUUUUAGUUGGAACAUUAUCAUUAAGAGAAGAUAAUGAAAUUGCACUAUUGGAAUCCAAAGAGAAUGAAGGUGGUGUUAAAUGUAUAUCAAUAUUUUCUCAUCCAAAAGAAAUUUGGUCAAUUACAUCAUGUCCAUUCGAUGCAAAUCUUUUCUUUACAGUUUACAACACUGGCACAAGUAAUGACUUCAAAUCAUCAUUGUGGAGAAUUAAUGAAAAUAUGGAUAGCAUUCAAGAAGUAUUCGAACUCAAAGGACAUACAAGCAUGAUAAAACCAAUAUUAUGUGACCCAUCAGGUUCAAAUGAUUAUAUAGUGUCUUUAGAUGACAGCAAUAUUCGUUUAUGGGGAAAAAUUGAAGAUAGUGAACCACAGUGUGUUAAAACAUUUGGUAAUCUUUCAAAACUCUCUGUUGGUUCUAUUAAUCCAAAUAUUCCAAAUCAAUUAGCCACAGCAAAUGAUGUUAAUAUUAAAGGUUGGGAUUUUAGAAAUGCAAAGGAAACAUUUUCAAUCGAUAAAGCACAUUCGGAACAAAUUAGAGAUAUCGAUUUUAAUCCAAAUAAACCUUACAAUCUUUUAUCAGCAGGUGAUGAUUCAAAACUUAAAAUAUGGGAUACCAGACAAACUAAAGAACCAGUCAAAAUAUUUUCAAGUCAUAAUCAUUGGAUUUGGUCAGCUAAAUUCAAUAAAUUCCAAGAUCAAUUAAUUAUAACAUCAUCAAGCGACAAUACUGUAAAAUUAUGGAACCUUUAUUCACUUUCUUCCGCAAAUAACACCAAAGAUUCAACAACAACAAACUCAAAUGACCAAACAUCAGAUACAUCAUCAAACUCAUCAACUCAAUCACAACAACCAACCAAACCAAAGAAAAAUAAAAGAAAUGAAGAUCAAUUAAUUAAAACUUAUGAAGAACAUGAAGAUAGUAUUUAUAAUAUAAGUUGGGGUUCAAGUAAUUUCCUUUUUGCAUCAUUAUCCUACGACGGUAGAUUUGUUAUAAAUAAUGUUCCAAAAGAAUAUUCCGAUAUUUUAUCAUAUAUUUAA